AUGGUAAUCCAAAAAUCUUCUAAGAAGAGGAUCUACAGAUACAUCUUCAUACUUCAAUGAGCCUUGAUGACUCUCGCAUGUUAUUCUCCAUGCAACAUCAUUAUCUGGUCUACAAACAGCAAUGUGACAAUAUUUGACAUUCUUGGAAUUUCAAUUUUCCUGUUUGGCUUCUUCUUUGAAGCAAUUGGCGAUCACCAACUGAAUAAGUACAGAGAGAAGAGAGACCUGGCUGCAAGAAAUGGAACGAAAAUAGAAAAAUACUGUAAAGAAGGCCUAUGGGCAUAUACUAGACACCCAAACUAUUUUGGAGAAGUUGUAGUGUGGUGGGGUAUCUUCCUCCUCAGCUUUGGAAAUAAUCCAAACGGAUUUUGCUAUUUCAGUAUUCUCUCUCCAAUCCUCAUGAACUAUCUCCUUAGGUAUCGUUCAGGUGUUCCUUUCCUUGAAAAGAAGCAUAUGAAGGAUCCUGAGUUCCAAGAAUAUGCAUCAAGAGUGAGUCCAUUCAUUCCAUGGAUUCCAAAGCCUCAAAAAGUGACGUCAAAAUCUGAGUAA